UUGAACUUUAUAAUUUUUCUUCCUUUUUACAGCAAUCCUUAACGUGAUUAUCCACCAUGGAAUUAAUCCUGGUUUUCUCCUUCUUCUUCCUUUCCCUUAUCUCUCAAUUCCUAUCCAAUCCCACCCUCACAGUCAACCCGAAAACCCUGUCCAAAUCCGGUGAUUCGGUUCUCAUCCAAUGGUCCGGCAUCGACUCACCAUCGAAACUCGAUUGGCUCGGACUCUACUCACCCCCCGAUUCAUCCCACGACAACUUCAUCGGCUAUAAGUUCCUUUCGUCUUCCUCCACUUGGGAAUCUGGGUCGGGCUCCAUUUCCCUUCCCCUCACCUCUCUCCGCUCUAACUACACCUUCCGGAUCUUCCGCUGGAUCGAAUCCGAGAUCGACCCGGGGUUCCACGACCAGGAUCAUAAUCCCCUCCCCGGAACCAAACAUUUAUUGGCGGAAUCCGAGGCGGUGGGCUUCGAAUCGGGUCAUGGACCGGAGCAGAUCCACUUGGCGUUGACUGGUAGGGAUGGACAGAUGCGGGUGAUGUUCGUUGCGGAGGAUUCAGAUGAGAGGUACGUGAGGUACGGGGAGAAGGAAUGGGAGUGGGGAAGUGACGUGGCGGUGGCGCGUACCAGGAGGUAUGAGAGGGAGGACAUGUGUCACGCGCCGGCGAAUGCGAGCGUCGGGUGGAGGGAUCCCGGUUGGAUAUUUGACGCAGUUGUUUCGGGUUUAAAGGGUGGGGUGAAAUACUAUUAUCAGGUUGGAAGCGAGUCUAAAGGUUGGAGCACGACACGGAGCUUUGUGUCAUCGGACAAAAAUUCGAACGAAACGGUAGCCUUUCUAUUUGGUGAUAUGGGGACUGCUACACCGUACUUAACCUUUAGUCGUACACAAGACGAAAGCAUAUCGACUGUGAAGUGGAUACUGCGUGACAUUGAAGCUCUCGGAGACGAGCCUGCUUUUAUUUCCCAUAUCGGGGAUAUCGGCUAUGCAAGAGGCUACUCAUGGUUGUGGGAUGAAUUUUUCAACCUAAUCGAGCCCGUUGCCUCCAAGGUGCCGUAUCAUGUGUGCAUUGGUAACCAUGAAUAUGAUUGGCCUUCACAGCCUUGGAAGCCUGAGUGGGCCAAUUCCAUUUAUGGAACUGAUGGAGGUGGUGAAUGUGGUGUUCCCUACAGCCUUAGAUUCAAUAUGCCCGGAAGCUCUUCAGAACCAACUGGAACCCGUGCUCCAGCUACCCGAAACCUUUACUACUCACUUGAUAUAGGGCCGGUUCAUUUUGUGUACAUGUCAACUGAAACCAAUUUCCUUCCAGGAAGCAACCAAUAUAACUUUUUGAAGCAUGAUCUUGAGUCCGUUGAUCAGAUGAAGACACCUUUUGUCGUAUUUCAAGGGCAUAGACCGAUGUACACUACAAGCUUUGCAAGUAAAGAUGCCCCAUUGAGAGAGAGAAUGCUUGAGCACUUGGAACCUUUGUUUGUGAAAAACAAGGUAACCCUUGCAUUGUGGGGCCAUGUCCAUCGGUACGAGAGGUUUUGUCCGAUGAGGAACUUCACAUGUGGAAGCUUAGGACAGAAGGGGGAAGAUUGGGAAGCAUUACCGGUUCAUGUUGUGAUCGGGAUGGGAGGACAAGACUGGCAACCAAAAUGGGAACCUAGAGCAGACCAUCCAGACGACCCGGUCUUCCCACAACCCAAGAGAUCUGUGUACCGUACAGGUGAGUUUGGGUACACUAGAUUAGUUGCUACAAGAGAGAAACUUAGACUUUCAUUCGUAGGAAACCAUGAUGGUGAGGUGCAUGAUAUGGUUGAGAUUUUGGCAUCCGGGGAAGUUCUUAAUGGCGGUGAUGUCAACAGUGGUAAAGUUGGUGCAUUCCAUAAGGUUGACGUGACACAUUACUCAUUUUCACACUAUCUCUGGGGUGGCAGUGUCUUGGUGCUCGGGGGUUUUGUCGGCUAUGUUCUUGGUUUUGUUUCACAUGCUUGGAGACCGGGAAGGGACUGGACUUUGGUGAAAACACCGGAGGCAUGAAGAGCUAAAGAUGCACAGUUCGCUUCAAAUUUUAAACCUAUUUGCAAUGCCAUUAUGGUGCUUUCAUGCUAUUUACAGGGUAUGUGGCUUGAUGUAUCUCUAAACCUCCAUAGUUUACAAUCUUUCAUGGUUCUGAAGUAAAGCAUUAUAUUUGAAAGAAAUGGAAAAGCAA